AUGACCGAUCAAACAUUAAGAUUAGAAAAUGUUUCACCAUAUUUAUUAUUAAUUUUAGAUUACUUUGAAAAGAAUUGUAUAAAUAAAACAGAUUUAUUUUCAAUACAGGGUAAUCAAGAAAAUGUAAAUAGAAUUAUAUCAAAUAUUAAAAACUUUACACCCACAAAACAAUUUGAAAAAGAUUUAAAUAGAGGUUUAUAUUCAAGACAUGAUUUAAGUUUUUCAAUAAUUAAUAUAUUAAAUUCUUUAAACCAUCCACUUUUAUUAGAAAAUUAUAAUGAAGCUUAUAUAGUCAAUGCAUAUUAUGAAGAUAUUGAAAGGAUUAAACAAACAUUACUUGAAUUACCUCAUUCAAACCUUGAAAUAAUAUUGAAAUUAUUUUCAACAUUUAAUUUAUUAUGUAAUCAAGAAGAGCAUAAAUCAUUUUUAUUAUUAUCACCAGAGAUGUUGGGUGAAACAUUUGCAUUUGUUUUAAUGAGAUUUAAGAAAACUAAAGAUGAAGUCGAUCAAUUUGGUAAUAAAAUAUUCGCUACAAAUGUUAUAUCUUAUUUAAUUUCACAUUUUAAUGAAAUAUUUGAUUCUACAAUUUUAGAUUUUGAACAAAAAGAGAAAAAAUCAAGAGAAAAUGCAAUUUUAUUUAUGGAAUAUGCAAUGAGAAAAUAUACAUCAUUAGAUAAUCAUUUUAAAUCAAUUUAUAAUAAAUAUAUACCACAUAAAAGAGAUUUGUCACAGGAAGAUGUUCAAACUAUUAAAACUGAAUUUAAUCUAAGAAAAUAUAGUGGAAAAUCAAAAAUAAGACCACCUAUUCCAAUUUAUAUGUAA